ACGUGGCCAUCAGAAAUCAUGAGCAACCCAUUUGCACACCUUGCUGAGCCAUUGGACCCUGCACAACCAGGAAAAAAAUUCUUCAAUUUGAAUAAAUUGGAGGAUUCAAGAUAUGGACGUUUACCAUUUUCAAUCAGAGUUCUCCUGGAGGCAGCUAUUCGGAACUGUGAUGAGUUUUUGGUGAAGAAAAAUGACAUAGAAAAUAUCCUAAAUUGGAAUGUCACACAGCAAAAGAACAUAGAAGUACCAUUUAAGCCUGCCCGUGUCAUCCUGCAGGACUUUACAGGUGUGCCAGCUGUGGUUGACUUUGCUGCAAUGCGUGAUGCUGUGAAAAAGUUAGGAGGAGAUCCAGAGAAAAUAAACCCUGUCUGUCCUGCUGAUCUUGUCAUUGACCAUUCUAUCCAGGUUGAUUUCAACAGAAGGGCGGACAGCUUACAGAAGAAUCAAGACCUGGAAUUUGAAAGAAAUAGAGAACGAUUUGAAUUUUUAAAGUGGGGUUCCCAGGCUUUUCACAACAUGCGGAUCAUUCCCCCUGGCUCAGGAAUCAUCCACCAGGUGAAUCUGGAAUAUUUGGCAAGAGUGGUAUUUGAUCAGGAUGGAUAUUAUUACCCAGACAGCCUCGUGGGCACGGAUUCACACACCACCAUGAUUGAUGGUUUGGGCGUUCUUGGUUGGGGUGUGGGUGGUAUCGAAGCAGAAGCUGUCAUGCUGGGCCAACCAAUCAGCAUGGUGCUUCCCCAGGUGAUUGGCUACAGGCUGAUGGGAAAACCCCACCCUCUGGUAACAUCCACUGACAUCGUGCUCACCAUUACCAAGCACCUCCGCCAGGUUGGGGUAGUGGGCAAAUUUGUCGAGUUCUUUGGGCCAGGAGUCGUCCAGCUGUCCAUUGCUGACCGCGCUACGAUUGCUAACAUGUGUCCCGAGUACGGAGCAACUGCUGCCUUUUUCCCAGUUGAUGAAGUUAGUAUCAAGUACCUGGUGCAGACAGGUCGUGAUGAAAAUAAAGUAAAGCACAUUAAAAAAUAUCUUCAGGCUGUAGAAAUGUUUCGUGAUUUCGGUGACGCUUCUCAAGACCCAGACUUCACCCAGGUUGUAGAAUUAGAUUUGAAAACAGUAGUGCCUUGCUGCAGUGGACCGAAAAGGCCUCAGGACAAAGUCGCCGUGUCUGACAUGAAAAAGGACUUUGAGAGCUGCCUUGGAGCCAAGCAAGGGUUUAAAGGAUUCCAAGUUGCUCCAGAACACCAUAACGACCAUAAGACAUUUAUAUAUAAUAACAAUGAAUUCACCCUUGCUCAUGGUUCUGUGGUCAUUGCUGCCAUUACAAGCUGUACAAACACCAGUAAUCCAUCUGUGAUGUUAGGAGCAGGACUGUUAGCAAAGAAAGCUGUGGAUGCUGGCCUGAACGUGAAGCCUUACAUCAAAACUAGCCUGUCUCCUGGAAGUGGUGUGGUCACCUACUACCUGCGAGAAAGUGGAGUCAUGCCUUAUCUCUCUCAGCUUGGGUUUGAUGUGGUGGGCUAUGGCUGCAUGACCUGCAUUGGCAACAGUGGGCCCUUACCAGAACCUGUGGUGGAAGCCAUCACACAGGGAGACCUUAUAGCUGUUGGAGUACUGUCCGGAAACAGAAAUUUCGAAGGUCGAGUCCACCCCAACACCCGGGCCAACUAUUUAACCUCUCCUCCCUUAGUAAUAGCAUAUGCAAUUGCUGGGACCAUCAGAAUCGACUUUGAGAAAGAGCCAUUGGGAGUAAAUGCAAAAGGACAACAGGUAUUUCUGAAAGAUAUCUGGCCAACUAGAGAUGAGAUUCAGGAGGUGGAGCGUCAGUAUGUCAUCCCUGGGAUGUUUAAGGAGGUCUAUCAGAAAAUAGAGACUGUGAAUGAAAGUUGGAAUGCCUUGGCAGCCCCAUCAGAUAAGCUAUAUUUCUGGAAUCCCAAAUCCACGUACAUUAAGUCACCACCAUUCUUUGAAAACUUGACUUUGGAUCUUCAGCCCCCUAAGUCUAUAGUGGAUGCCUACGUGCUGUUAAAUUUGGGAGAUUCAGUAACAACUGACCACAUCUCUCCAGCUGGAAAUAUUGCGAGAAACAGUCCUGCUGCUCGAUACUUAACUAACAGAGGCCUGACUCCACGAGAAUUCAACUCCUACGGCUCCCGCCGAGGUAAUGAUGCCGUCAUGGCACGGGGAACGUUUGCCAACAUUCGCUUGUUAAAUAAGUUCCUUAACAAGCAGGCACCGCAGACGAUACAUCUGCCUUCUGGAGAAAUUCUUGAUGUGUUUGAUGUUGCUGAGCGGUAUCAGCAGGCAGGCCUUCCCCUGAUUGUUCUGACUGGCAAAGAAUAUGGUUCAGGUAGCUCCAGAGACUGGGCAGCAAAGGGCCCUUUCCUACUGGGAAUCAAAGCUAUCCUGGCCGAGAGUUAUGAGCGCAUUCACCGCAGUAACCUGGUCGGAAUGGGGGUGAUCCCCCUUGAAUAUCUUCCUGGUGAGAAUGCAGACACCCUGGGGCUCACAGGGCGGGAACGAUACACUGUCAUCAUUCCAGAAAACCUUAAACCCCGAAUGAAAGUCCAGGUCAAGUUGGAUACUGGGAAGACCUUCCAGGUCAUCAUGAGAUUCGACACCGACGUGGAGCUCACUUAUUUCUACAACGGAGGCAUCCUCAACUACAUGAUCCGCAAAAUGGCCAAGUAGGCUCCCAUUUCUAUGGAGACCUGCACUUGGUGCUGCACCCAGGGAGCAAGCCGCGCCACCAGCUAGCCAAGACCCUGGUGGGAAAGCCUCCUUCGCUGCCUCACAGAGGGGUGCUGCCUUGCCAAGGGAGCAAGUGGGCGCUAGGGUAUUGGUGCCAUUCAUGCAGACACAACACCAGAAGUUUCUACAUUGUCUAUAUUUUUGUUAAUCUCCUUAUCUUUUUCUAGAAUUCAGAAGCUGGAGUGAUGGGAAUGUCAGUAGUGCCAGAAAGGGAGGGAAAACCAAGCUUGUUUUUCAAAUUACUGAUCACAAGACUGAUUUUUCACUCCUACCUUUUAAUCUUCAACUGAACAAAAGCAGGUCUUCUCAAAAGUAUCUUCUACCCUUUUUAUUAUUCCUCUCUUAUUCUCUGCUCAAUGAAACCUUUGCUCAAUGAACUGACCCUUGAGGGUCGUUUUCCGUUCCAUAUUACACCAGUGUUAACUGACAUGGAUAGAUGAGAACUUCUCACACUUCAAAUCAUAGUAAUGGUGUGAUUCUCUCUCCUCCCCACUUUUCCUUCAGAAUGAAUCAUCCAAAUGCCUCAUGGAUGUGUCAGACGUUGAAGAUUUUUGGUUAUGGACCUUCUGAUUGAUUGACAUAAAAAGAAAUGUGAAGUUUUCCUUUACUAUCUUUAAAAUUUUUCCCCAGAAAAUCUUUUGUUUGUCAGAAGGAGACCUUUAUUUGGAGGUGGUUUGGGAGAGAGACACAGAACAUUUCUAAUUUGAAUAAAAUUAAAUCUAUUUUCAAUGAAAA